CGCGCUCUUUGUCUACUUACCUCCCUUGAAUACUCUCUUUGAAAUAAAUUGGAACAUUUGAAAUUUUGAAAUAAAACAUCGAUUUUGUCUAAAGAAUAGAGAUAUUGACGUUUCCUUUACGAUAGACAGUUAAACGUCUACUUCUGAUACAGGCUGCAUACCAUAGAUAAGUACACAGUAUGGCUGCCCCUGAUAUGGAAGUGAUCAAAGAUAUACCAGGAUAUAAAGUGAUCCUUAAAGCUGUACUCAAAGCUCAAAUACAACAACUGGUUGAGCAGUUAGCAACCCACACAGAUGAAGAGUCUGUUAUACUGACAGCAAGUGUUGCAGAUGGCACACUCAGUCACCUCGGCUCUGACUCGGGCAAAGGAUUUCUUGAAGAACAAGAAGAUGUUAAAACACAGUUUCUCGGCUUCUGUCUAAAAAGGCAUCACAAGAAAUUGCAAGCAGAGAAGGAGAAAGAGAGACAAAAGUCGAUGGCGCAGGCUCCAAUGCCAGGCCAAUAUGACCUUGGGCCUGGCCCUAGACGGCCUCGUAUGCCAUACCAGUCUUCACCUCGUCAACCAUUCUCACCUCAAGUAUUCCCUCUCCGAUCUCCAGCCAAUAGACACGAACCAUAUCACAUUCCUAGGCCGAGAAGAACGUCGGAUACCUCAUUCACGGAAACUAGUCUGGGACCCGGCUCGUUUCAGCCGGGUGCUGUCUCAACACCUCAGGAAACCAUGGAAAAUAUUCCAAUGAAAACUGAACCUAGUUAUGAUAAUCAAACUGAAAUUAAUAAAGACGAAGAAAAUACGAACUCAUCUACUGGAACAAAUGAACAGUCAGAAAGUAGAACUGGUGAAAAUCAGGAUAACAUAGACAGUGAUCCUAAUUCUGUGAAAGUUGAAGCUAUAAGUGAAUCAGAAUUUGAACUGGAAAUUACGGGUGUUGAGCCCGGCAGACCUGCAUUACCCCCAGAUAACUGGGUACCUGACAAUGUUUCUAUGGGAAUGAACUUUGACCCCUCACAAGGUGCUGCGGGGAGCCAGGCAGAUAUGGCAGGUCAGCAGGGAUACAUUAAACAGAGGAAACCAAGUCAGAAAACAAGAAUGAGCAAAGAAAGGUCAUUUUGUGGAUUGUGUGGGAAGACAUUUUCACGUAGGAGUACCUUGAUUCAGCAUAGGCGAAAACAUUUGGGCGAAGCUGAAAUACAAUACAAAUGUGACAUUUGUGCAGAACAAUACUCACAGAAGAGUACUCUUAACAGACACAACCGGAGUCAUCAUAAACAAUUUCAAUUUGAAAUAAACAAGAAAAAAGAUCCAAACAACUGUAACAGAUUAGUACAGAAAAACCAAGUCCAAUGUGACAAGUUAGAAGCUGUAGAACCUGUCCUAUGUAACAAGUUAGUACAGAAAGACCAAGUCCAAUAUGACAAGUUAGUGCUGAAAGACCAAGUCCAUUGUGACAAGUUAGUACAGAAAAACCCAGUCCACUGUGACAUGUUAGUACAGGAAGACCCAGUCCAUUCUGACAAAUUAGUACAGAAAUAUCCAGUCCCUUGUGACAAGUUAGUACAGAAAAAUACAGUCCAAUUUGACAUGUUAGCACAGAAAGACAAACCCCUUUGUGACCAGUUAGUACAGAAAUACCCAGUCCAUUUUGACAAGUUAGUACAGAAGUACUUACAGAAAAACCCAGUCCAUUCUGACAAGUUAGUACAGAAAUACCAAGUCCCUAGUGACAAGUUAGAACAGAAUAGACCAGUCCAAUUUGACAGGUUAGUACAGAAAGACAAACCCCAUUGUGACCAGUUAGUACAGAAAGAUCCAGUCCAAUUUGACACGUUAGUACAGAAAGACAAACCCCUUUGUGACCAGUUAGUACAGAAAGAUCCAGUCCAUUCUGACAAGUUAGUACAGAACUACCCAGUCCCUUGUGACAAGUUAGUACAGAAAUACUUAGUCCCUUGUGACAAGUUAGUACAGAAAAACCCAGUCCAUUCUGACAAGUUAGUACAGAAAUACCCAGUCCCUAGUGACAAGUUAGAACAGAAUAGACCAGUCCAAUUUGACAAGUUAGUACAGAAAGACAAACCCCAUUGUGACCAGUUAGUACAGAAAGAUCCGGUCCAUUGUGACAAGUUAGUACAGAAAGACCCGGUCCAUUGUGACAAGUUAUUACAGAAAGACCCGGUCCAUUGUGACAAGUUGGUACAGAAAGGCCCAGUCCAUUGUGACAAGUUAGUACAGAAAGGUCCGGUCCAUUGUGACAAGUUAGUACAGAAAGACCCGGUCCAUUAUGACAAGUUAGUACAGAAAGACCCGGUCCAUUGUGACAAGUUGGUACAAAAAGGCUCAGUCCAUUGUGACAAGUUAGUACAGAAAGGCACAGUCUGUUGUGAUAAGUUACUACAUAAAGACCCAGUCCAGUGUAACAACUUACUAAAUAAAAAAAUAUUCCAUUGUGACAUAUGCCAGAAGAAAUAUAGUAAUAAGCAUUAUCUUAAGAGGCAUAAGUUUGAACAUGCAGCAAACUUGUUGACCUGCUUGAUUUGCAACAAAGUUCUUCACAAUCACAGAGUUGUCAAGCUGCAUAAGGAAAAACAUCCAGAAGGAGUUAAUGACGAGGAUCUGCUUUAGAUAUUUUACAUUUAUCUGAGAUUAUAGCAGAAAUUUUUGCAAUGGAUUUUAUUUUCAAUACAUUUGUGAACAAUAAUUUUUGUGAAAACUUGUAAAAGUUCUAUCUUUAGCUUCACUUUUCGAAGAAAGGUAGAGUUUAGAUUUCACUUGCCCCAGUGUCGGCAUCUGCGUUGGUUAAAGUUUUUUUUAUAAAAUCAAAUAUCUCUGUUGCUAUCAAAGCUAUUGACUUGAAACUAAAUAAAUAGUUAUUUACUAUCAAAGUCUACACCAGGAGAAACAAUCCUGAAAACUCUAAUUUGAACUCUGACAGUGUUAUGCCCAUUUUUAACUUAGAAUUUUUUGAUAAAGUCAAAUAUCUCUGUCACUAUGAAAGCUUUUGACUUGAAACUUUAAGGAGUUAUUUACUAUCAAAGUCUACAUCAGGAGAAAAAAUCCCCAUAUUUCAGAGUUGAAUUUUGACAGAGUUAUGCCCCUUUUUAACUUAGAAUAUUUUGAUAAAGUCAAAUAUCUCUGUUACUAUCAAAGCUAUUGACUUGAAACUUACAAUAGUUAUUUACCAUGAAAAUCUACACCAGGAGAAACAAUCCCCAUUACUAUGUUUGAAUUUUGACAAGAGUUAUGCCCCAUUUUAACUUAGAAUUGUUUGGUUAAAGUUUAUAAAGUUUUUACUUGCAAAGCUCUAAUUCAGAGUCCAGCACUUAGAAAAGUUGAGCAUGCUGUCUUAUGGACAGCUCUUGUUAGCAUGGCUAUAUAUAUGAUGUAUUUGGAGCAUUGUCCUGCUCAUGGAACACUCUUUUAUUUUAUUCCUGUAAUUACUUGAUGGAUAUGCUUUUGAUAGUUUUUCUUCAUCAUCAUAAGCUCGAUCUGUAACCAGAUUGCUGGUUGCUCAUCAACUGGAAAAUAUGAAGUUCCUUAUGGUAUUUAGGCUUGUUACCAAGUCAAGUCGGCUUCAAAAGACAUUGAAUUCACCAUGUGAUUUUCUUUCAAAGUAAAAGACUUUUUUCAAUCAGUUUUUUUUAUUGUUACUUUGUUUGUAUAUAUUAUUAGAUAUUGCCUAUAGUUAAAAGCUUAUCUCACUGAAACAUACUUUGAUAUAUCGUGCAUUAAUUGUGACAGUAGUGAGAAAGUAAAAGGAUAAAAUUAAUGAUGAUGUAGUAGUUUAAUGUAGAAAAUCAAUCGCACUGAUGAAAUGUGGUGUAAAAUGGAAGAAAUAUAGCUGCAUUUCAU